GUCGUUCGUUCACGGAGGCGACGCGACGGGACGAGAGGGAUCGAUGCGAUGGAGCCGGUGGCGGUGAGGAGGAUCGACCGGAAAUCGUCCAUAGAAAGCGAGCCCAGGACUCUGGGCUUCGACCAAAUCCAGUUCGCGAGGGAAUUAGCAGAGUACGUGAUGAACACCAGAAGCAUAGAUGAAGCCUUGACCAUCUUCACUUCGGGAUUGAAGCCGGUGGUAAGCUCCGGGGCAGCAAACGCCGACACGGCGAUGGAUCCGAACGAGGAGUAUUUCGGGCAUGGGCAGAGUAAUAAGUUGCAAUGGCCCGAACCCAGGGAUGUUCUAUCUGCUCCCUUCUAGAGUGUCUAGCCCAUC